CGCCCUCAGCAAGCGACGCCCACUGACUCGCGCUUAUUACACAAGACAAACCAAACAAGACAAGAUCUCUUUUUUGUGUGUUUGUUUGUUUUCCCCACACGGUCCCUGCAGCACGAACUCCCGACUGAAAUUGCAUUUUUAUUUGGCUCGGUAGCUCUUUCUCAGUUUUGGUGACAAUGCAUCAAUACUGGCCAAAGUAUAUUGUGGGGGCGUCACUUCUGUUUGUGCUGUCCGUCUGUCAGUGUGCCUUAGCCAACACCGACACCUUGGCUCCAGCAGAGGUCUGGCAGAACAAUGGCACUUUGUAUGCAGCAUGUAAAAUGAAACCAAGCUCCUCGCUGGCUGAUGGUUUGCCCAACGUCUACGGCCAAGUGCUCUUUAAGCAGGAUUAUCCUCAUGGAAAGCUCAAAGUCCUUCUCCGGUUCCAUGGAUUCCCCGUGGGGAGCGAGGCAGAGCCCAGGGCUGUGCACAUUCAUCAGUAUGGAGACCUGCAGCAGGGGUGCGACUCCACCGGGGGCCACUACAACCCUCGAGGUGUUAGUCACCCCAACCACCCCGGAGAUUUUGGACACUUUGCGCCCCAACAAGGCAAAAUUCUUGCACUGUUGGAGUCUGAGGCCAUGCUUUUUGGCAGUCUGUCUGUGCUGGGAAGAGCAGUGGUGGUUCAUGAGAAGAAGGAUGACUUUGGCCUUGGUGGGGACGCUGGCAGUCUGCUUCAUGGAAAUGCAGGACGCAGGCUCGGCUGCUGCGUUAUUGGGGUUACCUCCCCCAAUUUCUGGAAUAUGUACUCCAGGGUGAUCAAUAGGCUCAUGCGGCGGGUUUAACUCGGCAUUAUUGCAGAUUUGUAGUCAUGUAUUGUAUUCUUGAAGUUUCUGCUGCAUGCACUUAGUCUGACAAAUGAAAAACAAGCUGACCAAGUCAAUCAUAAAAGCAUUUUGGAUACAAAUCCUUUUUUUUCUUGCUUUGCUAGGAAUAUGUGUGAAAAGUGGUUUAUUUUGAAGAAAUAAAUACAUUUUCUACACAGAAACGUAUAACAUAUUUUCCAGUUAGCUUUUUCACCACACGCAAGGACCAGUGCUGGUAAUUGCUCUGCAGAAAUGUCAUCGUACCUGUACAAUGACAAAAACAGGUUACGAUCUUAAAUGAAAUACAGUAUAGUGGACUACUUGUCACAAAAGGGUCAAACCCCCUUCCUCAGAACUGUGAGGCAAAUGUGCUAAUUGUUCAUCCAGUGCCACCCCUGGUGUACAUUAUACAUAAGCAUAUUCUUCAAAACAAUGUAGUCACAUUUUGUUUAGUGAUACUAAUAAAUGCCUGUAAAUGACAAAAUCUACAAAAAUGCACUCAAAGUGGUUUUCAAAUGACGAUAUUGUGAAUAAAUUACACAGGUACUGCAACUA